CAAAUGUUGCCGAAGCUACCAUCUAACCUCCCGCCUCAUCUUAGUCUCAAAUUCAUCAAAUCGUACUGUGAUUCGGGUGAUUUACGGCGUGCACGCCAGCUGUUCGAUAAAAUUACUAACCCAGAUGUGUAUUCAUGGACGGUGUUGAUAUCAGCUUAUACUAGGCGGGGUCUCCAAAAGGAAGCUAUAAAUCUGUACACCCAAUUGAGGGACAGGGAAAUCCAGCCCGAUAAAUUUGUACUUUUGUCGGUUGUCAAGGCUUGUGCCACAUCUAGAGAUCUUAUCGAGGCUCAGCGAGCUCACAGAGAUGCUGUUAUGUAUGGGUUUCAUCGGGAUCUUCUGUUGGGGAAUGCGAUGAUAGAUAUGUUUGGAAAAUGCAAGUAUCUUGAAGGAGCAAAAAGAGCGUUUCACGAUUUACAGUUCCGAGAUGUGAUUUCUUGGACUUCGAUCUGUUCUUGUUAUGUUACUUGUGGGAAUCCCAGAAUGGGCCUCCAAUCAUUUAGAGAGAUGGGGAUAGAUGGAGUGAGACCCAACUCGGUUUCACUUUCUUCGAUUCUACCUGCCUGCUCUGAUUUGAAGUGUUUAAAUUUGGGUAGAGAAAUACAUGGAUUUGUGGUGAAAAAUGGGUUAGGAGCAAAUGUAUUUAUUAGUAGUGCACUUAUGGAUAUGUAUGCUAGCUGCUUAUGUAUCAAAGAGGCUGAGCUGGUAUUUGAUACAAUGGUUCACAGAGAUAUUGUGUCUCAUAAUGUGAUGAUAUCGGCAUAUUUUGAAAAUGGAGAAGCUGAGAAAGCACUGGCCAUAUUCACAAGGAUGAAAGAUGAAGGUUCUAAGUUAAAUUAUGCAUCCUGGAAUGCAGUUAUUUCUGGGUGCUUGCAAGCUGGGCGAACACAACAAGCAUUAGGGUUACUUACCGAAAUGCAAGAAGCAGGGUUCAACCCCAAUCAGAUUACAUUGACUGCUGGCCUGACUGCAUGUACAAACUUAGAAAGCUUGAGGGGAGGCAAGGAAAUUCAUGGUUAUAUCUUUAGGCAUUGUUUCUUGGAUGACAUAACUGCCUUAACUGCUCUUAUCUUUAUGUAUGCUAAAUGUGGCAAACUUGAAUUCUCUCGAAAGGCAUUUGAGAUGAUGUCCAGAAGAGAUACUGUUGCUUGGAACACGAUGAUUAUUGCAAAUUCAAUGCAUGGGAAUGGAGAGGAAGCCUUGGUACUCCUUAGUGAAAUGCUAAAGUCAGGCGUCAAGCCCAAUGCGGUAACUUUUACAGGAGUUCUUUCUGGUUGUAGCCACUCAAGGCUAGUAGAUGAGGGCCUGUCUAUCUUCUACUCAAUGAGUCGGGUUCAUUUGAUAGAACCAGAUGCUGAGCACCAUUCUUGUCUAGUAGAUGUUUUGAGUCGUGCUGGUCGCUUAGAAGAGGCAUACCGGUUCAUACAAGAUAUGGUGAUAGAACCAACUGCUUCUGCUUGGGGAGCAUUGCUUGGUGCUUGCAGAGUGUAUAAGAAUGUUGAUUUGGCACGAAUUGCAGCAACACGGCUAUUUGAGAUUGAGCCACACAACUCCGGGAAUUAUGCUUUACUAUCUAACAUCCUUGUAAAUGCCAAACUAUGGGGAGAAGCAUCAGAAACUAGAAAAUUGAUGAGGGAUAGAGGAAUCAAGAAAGAGCCAGGUUGUAGUUGGGUACAAGUCAGGAAUAAAGCACACGUUUUUGUCGCUGGCGACAAGAGAAAUGAGCACAGUGAUGCUAUUUACAAGUUCUUGAGUAAUAUGAGUGAAAAAAUGAGGCAAGACGGGUACUUGCCUGACACAGAGUUUGUCCUUCAAGAUCUGGACCUAGAGGAGAAAGAAGACACCUUGUGCAAUCACAGUGAGAAACUUGCUGUGGCUUUUGGAAUACUGAAUUUGAAUGGUGAAUCAUCCAUUACUGUGUUCAAGAAUUUGAGAAUUUGUGGUGACUGCCAUAAUGCCAUAAAGUUCAUGGCAAAAAUUGUUGGUGUGACGAUCGUUGUGAGAGAUUCAUUAAGGUUUCAUCAUUUUAGAGAUGGGCAUUGCUCCUGUAAAGAUUUUUGGUGAUGUUUGGCUCCUUGUUGAAAAAAGAUCAGAAAAACUGUCACUCACAAAAUCAACAGCAUUGGUUCAGGAAUUGGACCAUAAAUUAUGGCAAUAUUCUCAACAUCACAUUUGAUAGCUUGUUUGUGGUCAAAAUCCAGGUACAAACUCAUGAUACCAUUUGA